AUGCAGGUCACCAGUACACUCAGGUUCAGAGGAGCACUGAACGUGAGCAAUCUAAUUAUUGAUGCCACGAGUGAUAUCUACAUCUUUGGAAACCAGUCAUCAGUCCUGCUCGGCUUGAACCGAACAACCUUCAACAACCUGUUUGUCAAUGGUGUCUCACGAGUAUCAAUAACAUCAAAGACAGCACUCGUCCUCAAUAAGCUGGUGGCCGUAUCUCAGUCCAAGACAACGUUGAAUCUAGUACAAUCCUGGUCCAACAUUACCGUCACAUCCGUCAGCAGCAAGGGAAUGCUGAGCAUCACUGGCGGUCAAUUCAGACCGAUAACCUCAAACAUUACAAACCUGUACCUCUCUGGUAAUGGUGCUUAUUGUAAUAUAUACUUGCAGGAUUCGAUUGUAGACGAGAUUGCUUGCCUUAAUACACCGAAAUCAUGCGAUAUUCAUAUCAUGGGCAAGGUGUUGCUUCGUGGACAGAUCUACAACGAGAACAUCUUGGCUCAGGUUAUGCUGGACUCGUCCGCCUCCCAGCUCAUCAUAGAUAGUGCACAAAUUAUUUCCAACGUCACUGUGACCGCCGGCUCACUCUCGGCACCAAGCUCCAUGUUUGACAUGGUCUAUGCAUUUGGAGGUGUCUUCUCGGGCAACAACAACAAUAUCAAAUAUAUGUUGAUCCAGGAUGGCGGUGUCGUGAAUGAUACCUACUCAUUGUUUGAUAACGUUGAUAUCAAUGGUGGCCAACUCAUAUCGUACAACACUACAUUCAACAAGAAUGGUGUGUUCCAUCCAACUUCCCAAACGACCGUACUCGGAAGUGUGAUACACACGAAUGGAUUCAUUAAGUUUGAUAGCAUGGUCACCGACUCGAUCAACAGCCUGAUUGUCAAGAGCAACUACACGACAUACUCGGCGGCCACACUCAUCUACACUGACGCACUCGAAGCCAAUGGAAUGGCACCAUUCCGAGUCGAUGGCCCCGUGACAUUCCUCAACUCAAUACUGAUUGUCAAGUUCCAGUCGACCAGUCCAGUGUACAAGGACCCAUUCAAUCUCAUCUCGAUUGGCGGUCAAAUCACCUACCAACCAUCGAGCGCCCAGGUGACAUGGAACCAAGACACCACCAACAUUGACAAGUACACAGUGAGUCGCACAAACAAUCAGAUCGUAUUGACCUUCGAUCACACAUGCACCAAGUAUCUCAAUUGCUAUGGACAUGGAAUGUGUGUGUAUGGUAUCUGUCAAUGUGAAGACUAUUAUCAGUCGGCCGCCAACUGUUCAGUGAUGGGAUGCCUCAAGAACUGCAGCAAUGUUGGACUUUGUAUCACUCCUGGAACACAAAUAUGUCAAUGUCCCAAUGGAUAUGUUGGAGCCUACAACAUCAUGUCCAACAUUCAACACAGAGUUAAUAUGUACACAAGCCAAUGGAUGUACUUGGACUGGAAACCAAUGUCAAUACGGUGGAGGUCCAACAACACCGAGGCCAUCAUCAUCCCACUCAAUCAUCCGAUCCCAAAAUGCUCGUAA